AUCGCCAUCGUAAACGGGAGGUUUCUUGAUAUCUCGUUUUCUGAAUUCUAGCUGUUUCAGAAGAAGAAAAAAAAAAGGAACAUAAAGACGAAGAAGCUACGUCAGUUCUCGUGAACAACAUAAAAAAGGACAAAAGGAAAGGCGACGAAUAAACGUGGUUUCCAUGAACUGCCAAGCUGGUUCAACCGACCAAGGCUUGAUUAAUUAAUUUGAUCACUUCCAAAUCAUGUAGCGAUACUGUUCUCCACGGCCGCUGUUGCUGCCUCGCUGGGUCCAUCGAUUAACCAAUUUGGUUUGUUAAUUCCCCUGGACUUAACUAAUCAAGUUGCCCAGCAAUGCGAUGCAUUUAUGGAUACCGGCAUCAGAAAGGGAGCUCUCUCUGUUUUGUAUAUGGUUGCAAAGCUGCUGUUCUUGUCCCUGGUGUGUGAGUUCUUGUUUUGCAGAGAGAGAUGAAGGCAGCUGCGAGGAGCAAGAAGAGCAGGGGCUCUUUCUGCCACCCCCCUCUGCUCCUGCUCAUUGUGGCAAUCCAGUUCUUGGUGAUAUACUCACCAACCCUUGAUCAAUACAUGGUGAUGCUAACCACAGGCAAGCCCGGGUUUCCAUCAAUGUUAAUUGAAGGUAGGAGAGGCUUCAAACAAGUAGAUGAGUUCAUUCCGGAGCCUCACCUGCGAUGCGACUUCAGCGACAAUAGAUCCGACGUCUGCGAGAUGGACGGCGCCAUCCGCAUCCUCGGGCGCACGUCGGAGGUGUUCCUGGUGGCGCCGAGCCUCGCCUCCGUCCUCGCCGGCGGCGGUGGCGUGAACGCGACGGGCGUGGACGCGAACGCGACGAGCUGGAAGAUCCAGCCGUACACCCGCAAGGGCGAGAACCGCGUGAUGCCGGGCAUCACGGAGGUGACGGUGCGGCUGGUGACGGCGGAGGAGGCGCCGCCGUGCGACGAGUGGCACGACGUGCCGGCGGUCGUGUACUCCAACGGCGGCUACUGCGGCAACUACUACCACGACUUCAACGACAACAUCAUCCCGCUGUUCAUCACGUCGCGGCACCUCGCCGGCGAGGUGCAGCUGCUGGUGACGCAGAAGCAGCGGUGGUGGUUCGGCAAGUACAGGGAGAUCGUGGAGGGGCUGACGAGCUACGAGCCGGUGGACCUCGACGCCGAGCAGCGCGUCCACUGCUACCGGCGCGCCGUCGUCGGGUUGCGCAGCCACAAGGACCUCAGCAUCGACCCGCGGCGAGCUCCGAACAACUACUCCAUGGUCGACUUCAAGCGGUUCCUGAUGUGGCGCUACUCGCUGCCGCGGGAGCACGCGAUCCGGAUGGACGAGGAGCCGGGGAAGAAGCCGCGGCUGCUGGUCAUCAACCGCCGGUCCCGCCGCCGGUUCGUGAACCUCGACGAGAUCGUGGCCAUGGCGGAGGGGCUCGGGUUUGACGUCGCGUCGACGGAGCUGCACGCCCACAUCCCGGAGGCGUCGGCGACGGUGAACUCGUUCGACGUGAUGGUGGCGGUGCACGGGUCGGGGCUCACCAACCUGGUGUUCCUCCCCAUGAACGCUGUGGUGGUCCAGGUGGUGCCGCUGGGGAGGAUGGAGGGGCUCGCCAUGGACGAGUACGGCGUGCCGCCGCGCGACAUGAACAUGAGGUACCUGCAGUACAACAUCACGCCGGAGGAGAGCACGCUGUCGGAGCUGUACCCGCGGGCGCACCCCGUCUUCCUCGACCCGCUCCCCAUCCACAAGCAGAGCUGGUCGCUCGUCAAGGACAUCUACCUCGGCCGGCAGGACGUCCGCCUCGACGUCCGCCGCUUCCGCCCCGUCCUCCUCAAGGCCCUCCACCUCCUCCGGUGACCACGACGACGACGACGACACACACACGUACACAGAUUAAUUACAAUUACAAGCAAUGCACACGUCAACAGCGGAUGGAUUAAUUACAAGAUUUUUACGGUGGUUAGCUGAUGUAGUUUUAAUUAAUUUAAUUUGGUGGUUGCGCAAGGUGGCAACGUUAAUUUUUGUAUGAUAAUUAA